GCAUGAAUUGUAAUUCAAAUUGAACCUAAGUGUAGUGAUUAAAUUAUAAAGGUUCUCUGCUCGUUAACAUUUUUGUUAUUCAAUGUGCUCAAUAAGAGUCACUGACGUUUGAUUUGCCAAAAACUGAAGUUGAAGAGCUUUUGGGCUUUGGCAAUUCCGCUGGUCGUGUUGUGUCUCUCAGCUCAUUUCAUUUAUCUGACAUCUUCCAAAUGAAUAUUGUUUAUAAGUACAGUCGUCUCGGCCGCUUAGGAGUGAUAACAUCCUUCCAGUCCUACGAUGCUCAAAGACACCUUUCUGUGAAAAGCCACAGAAAUCUCCUGGAGGCUUAUGAAUCCGCAAAGAGACUUUGCUUUUCAAAGAAGCCACCUCCUGAUGUCAAUCCAAGAGCAGUGUUUGCUAACAAUGAAAUCCAUCUGAGAAAUGUCAGCAUUUAUGGCUUUGAUUAUGACUACACUCUUGCUCACUAUAAGCCCUCAAUGCACCAUCUGAUCUAUGACCUAGGGAAGAAAGCUCUUGUGGAAAAAUUCAAGUAUCCCAAGGACAUAGAAAAUCUCCGUUAUUUGCCGGAUUUCGCCGUGCGCGGCCUACACUAUGACAUUCACAAGGGCCUUCUCAUCAAGGUGGAUUCCUUCAACCAGAUUCAGCUGGGAUCGGUGUACAGGGGUCUGUCCAAGGUGUCCGAUGCAGAGGUCAUGGAGCUGUACGGCUCGACGGUGCUUCCCAUCAACUACAUCGAGCCGCCGCCGGGCAGACCGGAGGCGCGGAUGGUUCAGCUGGCUGACCUGUUCUCGCUGCCCGAGAUGUGUCUCAUGUGCCAGGUCACCGACCUCUUCAUCCAGCAGAACAUUGACUUCCAGCCGGCCGUCCUCUUCACUGACGUUAGGAACGCCAUUGGCAGCAUCCACCCUCUGAUGCACGGGAUUGUGGGCCGCGACCCGGCCUACUACAUGGAGGAGAGCCCCGACCUGGUGCGCUACCUGGACCGACUGGUGCACCACGGCAGGAGGCUGUUCCUCGUCACCAACAGCCCGUUCGACUUUGUAAAUCGAGGCAUGAAUUUUCUGGUCGGGGAUGAUUGGAGGGAUCGCUUUGAUCUUGUGAUUGUCGAGGCAAAGAAACCAAAGUUUUUCACCCAGUGGUCGUCUCCGCUAAGGCGAUAUGAUCUGGAGACAAAGUCGAAGACUUGGAGCCAGGUUACCAAGAUUGAAAAGGGAGAAGUUUACUGUGAGGGUAACGUGCGUCAGCUGCAGCAGCUGACUGGCUGGGCGGGCGGGAACGUGCUGUAUUUCGGCGACCACCCCUACACUGAUCUGGCCGACGUGCGGCUCCACCACGGAUGGAGGACCGGCGCCAUUCUCUGGGAACUGGAUCACGAGAUCAGCAUCCUGAACCGUCCGGAGUACAAGGAGAACAGCAACUGGCUGCAACAGCUACAGCAGCUGAUUGAGGGCGAACAGAACGAGCUGCGCCGACCCGAGAACAGGGUCGUGCUGGAGCGGUGGGAGGCCGAGCGCGAUCAACUUAGACUGUACACCAAGACCAUCUUCAACCACCAGUUCGGCAGCCUGUUCCGUACGCACCACAACCCCAGCUACUUCUCCCGGCGGCUCUUCCACUUCUGCGACCUGUACACGUCGAGCAUCUCCAACCUGCUCGACCUCCACCCCUCGCAUGUGUUCUUCCCGCGGCGCGGCGCUCUGCCCCACGAGUACCGCUCCAUGUUCGUCUAGACGCCGCUGACGUCAUCAGCAGCCUCCGGUGACGUCACUGGUGGCCGUUGCGUGAGAACGACGCUCGGGAGAGGCAUGAGGAGGGUGUUGAAAACUACGUCACGAAAGAACUAACGGGUGGUCAGUAUGAAACUGGACAAAAUUUGAUUAAGCAUAGCAUCUCCAAUUAUGGACAGAUUUUAAUUAUUUUUGGCUGGUGAAUACUUCCAGUUAUUCUAUAUUACCAGCUCAGAUUUCAACUUUCUGCUAUUAACUAGUAAAAAACAUUGCGCCGGUAAGUCAGCAAGCGUUC